CCGUCCCAUGUUUACGUGGAUAACAUGGCGCCCAUGAGACGGCUGGUGUAGGAAUGUCAACUCCACGUUCGUGGAAAGCGCAUCGAACAGAGGCCCAACAUACAGUCGUUAAAUUUUAACAUGCAGUUGUUUAGUUUGUAGACUUGCCUCCUUUCCAUUGACACUUCGCAUGAGGCCCUUGUCUUUUUUUCUUGGGUGUAGGAACAACGGUAAUGGAAGACGAAGAGAGACAGAAGAAACUGGAGGCCGGUAAAGCAAAGCUUGCCGAGUACCGGCAGAGGAAAGCCGAGGCUGAUGGGCAGAAGAAAGCAAAGAAGAAGAGGAAGGUGGCAGGUGCCAAAGGUGGAGGGCAGGCCCCAGAUGAGGCGGAGCGCAACCAAUCGCCAGGCGAGGAGAAGCCGGGGAGUGGGACAGACCCUCCCACCACAGAGUUCACCUUCGCCCGGACUCUGCGCAGUGGAGAGACAGUCAAACAUGAUCAGACCUACACUAUUGAGCCCGAAAGCGAGGUGUCCACAACGGCGGAGGACUGCUCAUCUGAGGUAAAUGGUCGCCAUGAGAGGACAGAGAAUGCAAAGGAGUCUUCUAAGGAUUUGGUCUGGGAGGAAGAUAUGUGCACCCCUGGAUCUUCUGAGCAUCAAGCUCGGGGGUGUCAGGCACGGCUGCAGAUUAUGGAGGAAGAGCUGGCGGAGAAGAAGCAGACCAUAGAGGAAUUGAACAAGGAGCUGGCAGAACUGAGGGCCGCCUUUGGGACGGAAGGCGUGCAACAGCUGCAGGACUUUGAAGCCGCCAUUAAGCAGCGGGAUGGCAUCAUCACCCAGCUGACUGCCAACCUACAGCAGGCACGCCAUGAGAAGGAUGAGGUCAUGAAGGAGUUCCUGGAAAUGACUGAGCAGAGUCAGAAACUGCAGAUCCAGUUCCAACAGCUGCAGGCAGGAGAGUCCCUGAGGAACAGCAGCCAUAGCAGCACAGCGGCAGACCUCCUGCAGGCCAAGCAGCACAUCCUCAGCUACCAGCAGCAGCUGGAGGAGAGAGAUGCCGAGGUGAAAUGCUACCAGGAGAAGACUGACGACCACCUGUUACAAAUUAGCCAGCUGCAGCACAGUCUCAGCCAGUCUGAAACGAAUGGAAGAACACAAGAAGAGUCAUUUGCAAAAAGGUUGAAUGAGAAAGAUGCAUUGAUCGUGGAGCAGGAGACGACGAUGGUUGGCCUCAAACGCUCACUGGAUCAGCUCAAAGAGGAGCUGGCCAUGUCAGACAAGUCACUGAAUGAUCUGAAAGCGGAAAUCGCUGAGAAAAACCAGGAGCUGGAGAGCUGUCAGGCCAAGCUGGCCGUUUCACGGCAGAAGGAGAGGCAGUCGUCAAGCGAGAUCCAGCAGCUGAUGGGCACAGUGGAGGACCUGCAGAGGCGGAGCCACAGCGGCAGCUGGGCAGAGAGUGAGAGGGCCCAGUGCACAGAGGUGGACUUCAAGUGGAAGAUGGAGCAGCUCAGGGCUGGGCUGGAUGAGAUGUACGGCCAGCAGAUUGUGCAGAUGAAGCAGGAGCUCUGUGCCCUGCACUCUGCCGAGACGGACAGACUGAAAGAGCUGCACAGAUCAGAGCUCACCCUGGCUGCAGCUCGGGCCUCAGAGAAGUCCAGUCAGCUUGACGCGCUACACAUAAACGUCUCUGAGCUGCGGCUGCUGCUGGAAGAGGCUCAGACACAGAGGGAGAGGGUGAGACAGGACCUGGCGCAGGUGUCAGAUGAAAAAUUGAGCCUGCAGCGUCAGGUGGAGGACCUGCUGCAACAGCUGCGGUCGGAGAGGGGCAGAGCCGGAAGGUCCUCCCAGAGCAUAUCCCAACAGGAGCUGCAGCAGAGCCAGAUUAGGAAGUUGCAGGAAAUCAUCUGCGACCUGGAAGCUCAGCUGGCUGCCACUCGGGAGGCCAACAGAGAGCUGGAGACCAAGCAUGAGUCUGAGGUUACCAACUACCAGAUCAAACUGGACAUGCUGGAGCGUGAGAAGGAUGCAGUGUUGGACAGGAUGGCCGAGUCUCAGGAGGCUGAGCUGGAAAGGCUGCGGACGCAUCUGCUAUUCAGCCAUGAGGAGGAGCUCGCCAAGCUCAGAGAGGACCUGCAGAGGGAGAACUUGCUCAGCAUGGAGAGCCUCAGAGAAGAGCUGGCACUGAGGCAUGAGCAAGUCCUUGAAAGCCUGCAGAAGGGGCUGGAGGGGCAGCUUCAGGUGGCCCAGAGGGAGAAGGAGAGUUUGGCUACAGAAAGAGAUGUACUGGUACAUGAAAUUACUGUGUUGAGAGAAGACUUGAACCAGUCAGUGGAAAGCUCCAAAUCACAAAACUUAUCUGCACCACUGAAGGAGCUUCAGCUAGAAACGGAGAAGCUGGGAAAAGGGGAGAGCAAAAAGAGGACACUGGAAAAAGACAUUCAAGAGCUGCUAAGAAAAAACGAACUGCUGGAGAAGGAGGUCAAGGAGAAAGAGGAGAGCUGGGAGCACAAAAGGAAGGAGUUGGAGUUUGAGAAUAUUUAUCUUAAAGAAGCCAACAAAGCCUUGGAGGAAGAAAUGAAGUCCAUGACUGUGCCUGAGAAGGUGGUGACCUUGGGAGCAUGGCAGAGCAUUGAGGCCCUCACUGGAGAAAAUCAACAGCUGAGCAGGCAGCUGUUCCAGUUGAAAGAGGAGAUCGAGAAGCAGAAAAACACUUUUUCUUUCGCUGAGAAAAACUUUGAGGUGAAUUAUCAAGAGCUGAAGGAUGAAUUCACGUGCCUUGUUAACAUUAAAGGAGAACUGGAGGAAAAACUGCUGAAGGUAACCGUGGACUAUGAAACCAAACUGAGCAGCCUUCAGUUGCACAUUGGGAGGCUUGAAGAGAGGAGGAGAAAAGACCUGCAUGAAGAUGAUGGCAAAGCAGGGAAAAUGGUGGAGGAUUUUAUAGAAGGGGGAGAGUUAAUUGGAAAGGACACAAUGAAACUGAUGGAGAAACUGGAGAUGGCUGAGAGGGAAAAGAGCGGGCUGGCGCUGAGACUCUCUGAAGUUUCAGAGCAAUUGAUGUUGAAAGAGAGUCAAGUGGAGCACCUGGAGGGUGAGCUGAAGCAGGCAGAGCUGGAGAAGCAGGCAAUGGAGGCCAGGAAUAGGGAGCUGGAGGGAUGGUGCAUGGCCGUCUCAGCCAGCGGCGGUGGUGUGGCAAGCCUUGGCUCCUACUCCAUUCAGGAUUACCAGCGACAGAUCCAGUUGUCGCAGGGGAUGGUGUCAGCACUUCAGUCCUCACUGCAGACUGCCGAGCGGGAGCGUGACAGUAUCCAGCAGCAGCUCGCCACCCUGGCUCAGCCUGCCGAGAGGACACUGGACAGGGGGGGCGGGAGGUGGCUGGGCUCGGUGGAGCUGCCGGGAAGAGAGCAAGGGGGGAAGGAGGAGGAGGGGGCCGCAGAGUGGGAGAGGAGCACGCCUCGCUCCCCCCAACCCAAGCAGAUGCAGCCCGCCACACGCAAACAGGUUGAAAAUGUGAGGGGUUGUGGGCUGGAAUGUGAGUCUGACCCAGUCAUGGGCCAGAGAGGCAUGGAUCACAUACAACAGGGAGAGUUCAGGCUGCAAAUGGAGGCCCAGCGCAUCAGCCUGUCCCAGAUCUACUCUGCGCAGCUGGAGCUGCUGAGGGACAGCCAGCGGGCAGAGACGGACGCAUGUCUGCGCAAGCUGGAGCAGGAGCUCCGCUCCUCGCAUGCACAGGAGCUGCAGAGCUUGCGUGACCGGCACCAGCAGGAGCUCUGCAACUUGAAAGGGCAGCACUCAGACUCCAGAUCCUCAAGGUACCAGAAUGUAAUCCAAAUGGUGUCUGAAGAAUGCAGUCAGCUCUUCAUGUCGUUUGCAAAAAUUCUUGGAGAGGAUUAUUUGGAACUGCUCCAGCACAAAGAAUUGGAGGAGGAGACAAAUUUGGGUAUCUUCAGUGAUGUCACAAAGGAGAAUAUCAAAGAUCCAAGAUCACUGCUUCAUGUAGCAAAGGCUCUGUAUGCAGACUUACAGUUUUUAAAGGAAAGGAUUGUGCAGGAAUGCAAUCGCCUUCAAGACCUUCAGUCCUUACUGAAUGCUGACCGUAACAAGCUGGUGCUGCUGCAGGAGGCCUAUGAUGAGCUGAAGUCCGCCAGCGAGGAGGAGACCACCCGUCUGCGCAGCAUGAUUGACAGCUCUCCGUCCAGACCCCAGGAUCUCAGUGGCCUGCAGGAGAUGGAGAGACUGAAGGCUGAGUUCCAGCAGCAGCAGGCCAGGUUGGAGCAGCAGCACAGCCAGGAGAUGCAGCAUAUGCGGGCCCACUACGAGCAGCAGGCCAAGGAUUCUGAGCAGCGCUAUGCAGCUGAGCUCAUCCUGCUGCAGCAGCGCCUCCAGGAGCUCAUGGUCUCUGAGUACCUCAGCAGGCUUCCAAGUGAAUCACUGUUCUCUGAACAGAGGGAAGAAGACAGUGAGGAAUUUAAGCUGGAGGACGCAGGCGUGGACACGGAGCUGAAGCAGCUGGCAGAGUCGGCGGGGCUAGCCCAGGAGCUGCAGGCCCUGCACAGGGCGCUGUAUAAGAAGUACCUAGAGGAGGUGUCGGCCCUAAAGGAGCAGCACUGCAGGGAGCUGCAGCGGUUAGAGGAGCAACUCAGCCAGGAGACACAAGCGCCUAAACCGCACUGUGAGAGCAUCAACGGCGGAGUGCGCUCCAUCGAGGGGCGGGACCCCCUCCCACUCAUCCACGCUCUGGAGAAGCAGCACAAGGAGAAAGUGGAGGAGGAGAUUGCUAAGGUUAUAGUGCAGAUGUCUGUCGAAUUUGCCCAGCAGUCUGAACUUGCAAGACUUGCCAAGCAGGCCCGGGAGAUGACAUCAGCAAUGCAGACCCAGGCUGAUGACCUGGGGGGUGUAUCUGUGCUGGGAGUGGAGGAGAGAGAGAGGGGCUUAGUGGCAGAGAAGGAGAGGCUGGAGAGAGAGCUGAAAGAAAGAACUGCAGAAAUCCUCUCACUCAGAGAACAGCUCUACCAGGCUGGAGCCCCUCCAGGGUCUCUCUGUCAGGUCCCAGGGCACGCUGAGGGCUCUGCAUUGGUGGGAUCACUGCAACGACCAAGCAUUACCCCAGGACUGACUGAGAGGGUGGCUGGGCCGAAGUACUGUUUGGAAGGAGAUGAGGAGAAAGUGAAAAGGGAGAGUGUCUUACUGUGGGGACGAGUUCCUGAAAUGCAAAGCAGUAGCAUGCAAACCGAGCAGGAUGAGUCCCAGGGAAAGGAGGCCAAAUCAGAACUCCCUCCUCAGUGUGCUGGACAGCCUGACUUCUCCCCUGAUGUCAUUACAGCUGAGAGGAACCUGCUGCGGAAAGCCAAUGAGAGCCUGCGGCAGGUGCUGAGCGACGUGCUAAAGACCACAGCGGCCACUGAGGAGACCAUUGGUCGUCACGUGGAGGGCAUACUGGACAUGUCCACCAGGGAGCAGCAGACACAGAGACCCACCUGGCAGAGAGUGGCAACAGAGCCGUUCGGGUCCUACAGCUCCCAGACCACAGCGCCUGGUGGAGGCGUGUCCCCAGACAGUUGUCAUGGCAGCGGGGCCGGUGGGGACGAUGCAAGCGUGUGGUCGGGGGGCACAGUGACAGACGAGGGGCUGGAGAUGUCACAGCAGCUGAUGGACAGCCUCUUGGGGGUGGAGCUCAGGCUGGAGAACGAGGAGUACCUCAUGAGCGUCAGCUCCCGCCUGCAGGCUGCCGUGGAGAAGCUUCUAGUGGCCAUCACCAAGACAACCAUCCAGUUGGAGCAUGCCAGGGUCACGCAGACGGAGCUGAUGCGGGAGUCCUUCCGGCAUAACGAGGAGAUCACUGAACUGCUGCACAGACAGGAGGAACUGCAGGACAGGCUUGCCGAGGAGGCCAGAGCGCGUGAGAAGCUAGCGCUGGAGCUCCACAGAGCCGAAGGUGUGAUUGAUGGCUACACUGAGGAGAGGGCAGCCCUAGAGGAGCAGCUGCGGGAGAAGCAGGACCUGCAGCUGCAGCUGGAGCAGGAGCUUCAGGUGACAGGCAGCCGGCUUCAGGAGCUGGACCAGGAGAGGCAGCAGAUGCAGCAGGAGAGAGAGCUGCUGGCACGGCAACAGGUCGCCAUGAAGGACACUGCAGGGUCCCGUGAGCUGCGCCUAGUUGAAGCUGCAAUUGAUGCAGCACCUGAAGCAGACCUCCUUGAGGAGACGGAGAAGCUGAUGAAGGAGAAGGUGGAGGUGCAGCGGCAGGCAGAGAAGGAAAACAGUGAUCUCCUGAAACAGGUGAAGGAGCUGGAGGCGGAGCUAGAGGAGCAGGUGAACAGGGUUAUCGAGCUGGAGCAGGCCCAGCGGGCAGAGAGCAGUGACCUGAGGCAGCAGAUCCAGGCCCUGGAGAAGCAGCUGGAGAAGAACCGCAGGUUCCUGGAUGAACAGGCAGUUGAUCGGGAGCACGAAAGAGAUGUCUUUCAGCAAGAGAUUGCGAAAUUAGAACUGCAGCUGAAGAAUCCCCAGAAGCAACAGCUCAGUGCUGACCAAAACAGCAGAGAGGUGGAACAGCUCACUGCCCAGCUGAAGGAGAAGUCUGAUUUGUGUAGCGAACUACUGCUGGGCUCUGAGCAGCUGCAGAGGGACGUGCAGGAGCGUAAUGAGGAGAUUGAGAAACUGGAGGCAUGCGUGCGGGAGCUGGAGCAGGCCCUGCUCAUCAGCACCGAGUCGCUACACAAAGUGGAGGAGAGGAGGCUGCAGGCCCCCACAGGUGAUUCAGUCGAUACAACCUUAGAGGCUCAGUUACAGACAGAGAGGGAAGCACUGGACAGGAAAGAAAAAGAGAUCAGUAAUCUGGAGGAGCAGCUAGAGCAGUUCCGGGAGGAGCUGGAGAAUAAGAGUGAGGACGUACAGCAGCUCCACAUGCAGCUGGAGAUCCAGAGGAAGGCGCUGAGCACUCAGGAGCAGGACCUGGAGCACAAGGGAGACCUGCUGAAGGUCAUGGAGGAGAAGGACAGGGAAAUAGCACUGCUAAAUGAGCAGCUCUCUAAGAUCCAACAAAUGGAAAUGGCACCCGACAACAAGGUCAUAGAGGAAAAGAGUGAGAUGCUGAGAGAGCUGGAGUACCACAUGGAGUGCAUGAAGAGCGAACAGGAGCGGUUGAAGAAGAAUAGCGAGGAGGAGAUUGACCAGCUCAACGAUGUCAUUGAAAAGCUACAGCAGGAGCUUGCAAAGAUUGAGUACAAGGCCUCCAGCGAGGAUCCCCAUGACUCCGCAGAUCCUGAGGCAAGGCAGGAGGUCCAACUCUCCAAGGGGGAGUUUCAUGAGGUGAAGCAGAAGAUGGACCAGGCCACCCACGAGCUGAAUACCCUGAGGGCUCAUCACUGCUGCUUGGAGGAGAAAUACAAGCGUUUACAGAAGGAGGCAUCAGAUGCCCUGGCUGGCAGGGAGAAGUGGAUGGGGCUGGAGGAGGCCCUGCUGGAGAAGACAGCAGCCUGCACGGUCAUGCAAGCACAGAUGCAGGCCCUGGAGCAGAGUGCAAGCUCCAGGGUGGCUGAGCUGAGCGCACGCCUGGAGCAUCUGGAGGCCUGCGUGGAGGAGAGAGACUCAGAUCUGAGAUCCUGCAGGAGGAGUGCGGAGGAGGCUCAGGCAGAGGCGAUGACCCUGCAGUGUAAGAUCUCUGAGCUGGAAGACAGACUCAGAGAGGAGGUGGCAGCUGUGCUGGUCAGCCAGGCUCAGCUGGGGGCAGUGCAGCAGUACUCUGAGGCUAAGGGCCAAACCAAAGAGCAGCAGAGGGAUGCCAGUGUAACGGUGGAAGGUACCAUUUCCUGCCCGGGGGUCAAAGGAGUGAAAAACUCAGUGACAAAAGUGGUACUUUUAACAGAGAAGCUGAGAGAGCUGGAGGUGAGUUUGAGUGACAUGCAGAAGGACCAGGAGCUGCAAAAGCAGCUGCUGUCGCGCUCUGAGAAAGAGGUGCUUGAGUACGAGAAGAGACUUGCUGUGCUUAUGAAUCUCCUCAACCAGAUGACCACCAUGCCCAAGAUCCAGAGACCGACGCUGUCUAUGGAAGCAUUAGUGCGGGUUGGUGAGAAGGAUCCUGCAGGUGUCUCAGAGAUUCUUCGGGAUCUGCAGCAAGUCCGAGAGGAAGCUGCCGCCACAAAAGAGGAGCUCAACAGCUACCGGGACCGCAGUGCCAAGCUGCAGGAGGAGCUCGAGGUCAGAGACGUGUCCUUAGCCCAGCUACAGGACAAGCUUCAGGAGAGAGAGAGGACUAUUGUGCAUCUUAAGGAAAAUCUCCAGCAGGGGUCACAGCAGGCUGGCAAAGAGGACCCCACGUCUGUCUCAGAGAUUCUGCAGGACCUGCAGAAAGUCAGGGAGGAAGCUGCUGCCACAAAAGAGGAGCUCAGCAGCUGCCAGGAGCACAGUGGCAAGCUGCUGGAGGAGUUGCAGCAGGUGAGGAAAGCCUUGGCAAAGUCAGAAGAAGAGCUCUCUCUGCUCAUGAGAAAGAAAGGGGGAAAGCAUCUGGGGGAGAAGCAAGACAAUGCUGAGAAGGCAAGAGGUGUUUCAACCAAAGAGAAACCCACCCUGGCAAAGAAGGACUCUACCUCCCAGACGGAGCGGCCCACAGGUCAGAACAGGAACCGCGAGGCCCAGCACACUGUCUGUGCUGAUGCAGGAGUGCAGGUGAACCUGCUGCAGCCCCAUGGCCACACUUCGGAGGAGGUCAUGGAGGUGAUUGUGGAGUACAGGGAGAAGAUUGGGCAGAUGCAGGAUCUGCAUGCUGCUGAGAUCAUGGACAUGGAGACCAGACACAUCUCAGAGAGUGAGGCCCUGAGGAAGGAUGUACAGACACUGCAGGAUGAGUGUGCCACCCUAAAGGCAGUCAUUGACAAACUCUACACCUCUGAGGCUAUCCCUACCCGACUGGAACAGCCCGCAACUCUUCAGUUCAAAGAUGGCUACACAAGUGACAGCAGCUCAGACUGGAGCCAGCGCGUAGGCUGUGACCUCCCAGCCAUGCACGAGUUCAGGACCACCCCUGAAGGAGCGAGGAGGGACAAUGAGACUGAUGUACUUCCUGAAAGAAUUAAGAGCUUGUUGAGAGAAGUUCACCAGGAGGGGAUGCAGGUGCUGUGCUUGUCGGAGAUGCCAGCAGGGGAGGGGGAGGAAGCAUGCCCCCAGCUGCAGUCCCAGGGCUGGGCGAAGGAGAGGGCUGCCCUGCUGGCCUCUGUGGAAUCCCUGAAAGCCCUCAUCUCCAAAAUGCAGGUCCUCAGAGAGACACCGGUCCUGGGCGGCUCAGCAGAGGAAGGUGUUGACUGGCGGGCUGAGCUCCUGAAGGCAGUGCAGCAGGUGUUUGUGAAGGACCGCAGCGUGUUGAAAAGUUCCCUGUAUUCACACCUAGAGCUUCUGGACACCAGCGACGCAGUCGUUCAUCUCAACCAAGUGGAACAUAUACUCGCCGAACAGGACGCUCAGCACAGGGAGGCUAUGGGGAUCGUGCAGAGUGCAGACAGAACCAGCCUGGUGAUGGAAGUCCAGCAGCUCCGGGCCCAGCUGCAGCUUGUCCAGCAGGACUCAAAGCUGACUGGCAGCAUCGCUUCACCACUGGCUGUAACCCCUGAUCCAGGUGCAGGUGAGCUGCAAGGUCCUCAGGAGAGACGGGCGGGGCCAGUUUUUGGACUCGGGACACAGAGCAGCUCGGGGGUGGCAUGCGACUCAGACAGGAUGCUCCUGGACGAACUGAAGUCGGAGCUGGCCCAGACCAAGCUGGAGCUGGAGACCACCCUGAAGGCUCAGCACAAGCAAUUGAAAGAGCUGGAAACUCUGAGGACUGAAGUCACAGAGAGAGCUGGUGAGGUGGAUGCACUGAGUGACAAGCUGGCGGACGAACAGCGGAAAUCCAGAGAGCUUCAGUGGGCUUUGGAGAAGGAGAGGUGCAAAUUGGAGAAAAAGAAAGGGAGAGAAAGGGAGGAAGUUGAGGACCUGAGGCUAGCCCUGGAGGAGCAGCAGGCCCGUGUGGCCUGGCUUAGUGAGGCCGUGGAGCAGGAGCGCGGUGCAACAGUCCAGCAGCAGAGCUGUGCUGCAGAGCUGCGGGUGCAGCUGGAGUCGGCGCAGACACGCACCCUGGAGCUGGCCAGUGCUCUGGAGAGGGAGAGGGAGCUGCAUGCCCGGUUCAGAUGGCCUCAGGAUCAGCAGGUGGCUGCAGCGGGGAUGAAAGAAGCAGAGGCUGGCUGCAGCCAAGUGGAGGAGGGCGUGCGCUCGGUUGAGACACUGCUGGAGAUGCUGCAGACACAGCUGGAGGAGAAGCAUGCGCGUGUGGUGCAACUGGUGGGAGAGGUGGAGCGGUCAAAGCUGGAGGUGGUGCAGGCCCAGAUGGAGAGGGACAGGGAGAGGCAGGCUGUGCAGAUAGGCCAGGAGCAUCUGCAGCAGCUCCAGGCCCGUGCGGACGAGCUGCACACGCAGCUAGACAGAGAGAAGCAGCAAGCGCUUCAGUUGCAAGAGGAAAGAGACCAUCUGCAGGACAUAGUUGCUCAGCUGCAGGGCUCUACACUGCAGAGAGGGGGUGCCAGAGACACAGCAUGGACGCAGCAGACCAGCGAUCAAAAUCAGCAACUGGCCCCGUGGCAGGUGGAUGGUGAGCCAAGUAACCGUACGAGAGAUUGGGUCUUAAAGCAGAAGAUUGCCGCAGUGUUGACAGUGGACUCUAGUGCCCCCUCUCUACAGGCGGGAGCAGCAGGAAGUGGUGCGCCUUCAGACCCUGGACUCAUGGACAGUGUCAUGCACAGUCUGCAGCUCAUUGCCACUAAAAUCAAGACCCUGACAGCCAAUGCUGCUGGCAGGACCCUUGGUGAGGACAUGGACAGAGAGGGUCUGGCCUGGCUGCAAAACAGUGUUCAGAGUGUGGUAUCCCUGCUGCAGCAGACACCAGCCCUUCCUCCUGCUCCAGAGAGCUCUGGGCCAGUGGGAAGUUCCUCCAGCUCUUUGAUGGAGAGGCUCCUGCGGCAGAAUGCAGAGUUAACAGGCUUUGUCAGCCGUCUGACGGAGGAAAAGAACGACCUGCGCAACUCCUUGAUCAAACUGGAGGAGGAGCUGAGACCCCACCGGCACAGAGCCUUGGAACAGGGGGACUAUCCCAACCGAAGAGCUGCAGGCAGCCAGUACGUGGUGCAGACGCUGCACUCGUCUGAGCGGGAGGCCUGGGCCAGAGAGAAGGCGAGGUUGGAGAAGGCUCUGCAGCAGGCAGAAGAGGAGGCAUUGCGCCUGCGGGGGGAGAUCUGUGUGGACUCCCUUAGAGACAUCACAGGCUCAGACACAGAUGGCACGGCUCUAAAGAGCAUCUAUGGGAAGUACCUGCGAGCAGAAAGCUUCCGGAAAGCUCUUAUUUACCAGAAGAAGUACCUGCUUCUGCUGCUAGGUGGCUUCCAGGAGUGUGAGGAGGCAACACUCGCCCUGAUUGCACGGAUGGGCGGCCAGCCCUCCCAUGCCAGUCUGGAAGCGGUCAGCCGGCGACGAAGAGGCUUCACUCGCUUCAGAUCAGCUGUGCGGGUCUCUAUUGCCCUCUCCAGAAUGAGGUUCCUGGUGAGGCGGUGGCAUAAAGCUGCAGGAUCCAGCACAUCCAGUGUCAGCAGGAAUGGGCUGAGCCAGAUACCAGGGGGUGAGGUAAGGACAGAUUCCCUGUUCCUCCAUGCCGGGAAUGUGGAGAUGUACGGAGAGCGCAGGGGCGUGAGCCGGGGCCGGACGGGACGGGACUCUCCCAGGUCCACGCUGUCAUUGCAGCACAGAUUUCACACAAGCACUGCUGACCCUGGCAGCCUGACAUGCUCCCACCUCCAGAACUAUGAUCCUGACAGAGCCCUAACAGACUACAUCUCCAGGCUGGAGGCCCUGCAGAGGAGACUGGGGAAUGUGCAGUCAGGUUCUUCAUAUGCUCAAUUGCACUUUGGAAUAAGAAGAUAGAAAGUCCUUUAUUUACACUAAAACCGGCUUGAAAACUCAGUUGCCUUUUCCUGUGCUGAGCUGCUGUGUUUUGUAUUAUGAUGUGUAUAUUUGUGGGACCAAAACAAUUUUGUGUUAUAUUAUAAUUGGCUUUCUUGUCAGCACAUGAAACAGCUUCUGUGUAAAUUAGUCUGCUUCACUGGUUGUGCAUAAAUACAAUCACAAUCUAAAUGUAUACUUGUGGAAUGCUAAUUUAAAUUGAUUAAUUUAUACUGUGUAUGUGUUGUAUGGGAGAAGAACAGGUAGAAUGUUUGGCUUUUGGUGAGAAGGCUACGGCAAGUUUUAGAACACUGUGUUUUCUUAGACUGGCAUAAUGGACAGACAAUAGAAGACAUUUGUAGACAUAUUUUUGUAAGGAU